UAUCAUAGAGAAAUGGUAUAUUAUUUGGUCGUGGGACUUCUGAAUUGCAUGAGAACUUAAGUUUCGAAGACCGAAACAAUGGAGCUAAACAUGAGAAAUAAUCUCUGUGAUAUAAAACAGAUAUGUAUUUAUUUGUAUUUAGUUUUGUUAUUUUUUUUAUAAAUAUUAUUUAUCCUAUAAUUAAUUAUAAAAGUUUUUUAUAGUAAUAGUGUACUAGCAUAUAUAAAGCCUAAAAAGAUCACAUAGUAAUUAAUGAGCAUUUCUUUCCAUGUAACAAACAAUUUACAAUUAUUAUACAUUUUAAUAAUCUUUUUUUAUAAUAGUGUAGAAACAAGUGUUUUACUUGCCUAUGCAUCACAGGCUAUAUCAGAUCCAAAUGGAGAGUUUUCAUUUCGGUGGACUCAGUGACGAUGGGGUUCUCAUUUCUUCUUGUGUUCUUAUGAAUUAUCCAGGAUAAGAAAUGACGGGAUCACUUAGGUAUGAUUUUAUUUCCCACACCUUCCUCCAAGAAACCAGAGAGGCUCUUGGUCUCUUAACCACUAAAUCGGAAUGGUCAAUCAAUAGCGAGUGACAGGUCUUCGUGGGAGAACUAUUUAGAAUGAGCAACCACAACAUAUAAUUGCACAAUUGUCAGUGUCAGACUUUGCCACCUCUCCAUUCUCAGAGCUUCCAAUGCGGAAUGUAAUUGGAUUAGGCAGCUACCAAGUGCGAGACCCCGUCGCAGUCACAGUCCCCAUUGCAACGGGAGCACUCGUUGGUGCUCCAGAUUGCCAGGAAUCCAUGGGCCAAGCUGCAGGAUUGCAUAACCUGGAAACAUGAGCAGGACGAACCACUCCAAGUUCCUUUUUAAGCGGAAGGCGAGCGUAGGCAGCAAGAGCCAUCAGCUAAUCGACUACGAACGCAUCCAGGGGGACUUGGAGGUGGUGGUUCCAACAGCUCCACCUCCCCCAGUUGUGCCCCCCAGCGGAGGCCAGGGAAAGCUAAAGCUAAAGCUUAGCUCUGCCAAGAUCUCACUGCGCAGGAACGAGCAGACGCCGCAGAGUAGUCUUCAGACUGCGCCCCUGCCGGAUGCAGUGCGUCGGAAGUCGGCCCCACAGCUGUUUACAUUCACCAUUGCGCCCAAAGUGGAAGCCGAUUCGGGAGCACAUCCUCCUUCGGUGCCCAAAAUACCUGUUUUUGCGCCAAACAACUCCAUUAGGCGAUCAAGGACUUUGGGCUUGUCGAAUGGCGCCCAAGCAGGGACUGCUGGGCUGCCCACCGAGGAUCUUGGACUGCAGGAAAGGGACAGUGGCAGUGGCAGUGAGCCCACCAGCAGCUUGGCCGCCGGUGGUAGUUCCACCUCCCCCGAAUCCAUGCUGGACAACAUACUCAGUGGCGCCUCCUCCGUCUCCGUUCAGAGUAGCAGCAGCAGUCAGGCCAGCAACGCCACGGUGGCCCAGCCCAUCAAAGCCAAGGAGCAGCUGCUGCCGAAGAGGCUGCUCAGCCUGAAGACUUCCCCCGAGCUGAGGAUAUCUCCGCCGACACCAGUCACCACUGAACCCAAGCAGCAGAUGCUACCACAACUCCUGCUGGCAGCCUCUCCAAGGCCAGAGAUCUUCGAUGCCCCAUCACCACUGGCCAGGAGUCCCUCACGUUCGCCGGCGGUCUCGCCCGCAGUGUCCCCCUCGCCCAGCAUCACCCUGAGACCCAGUACUCCGCCCGAGAACACCGUAACCUUCUCGGAUGACCUCAAGUGCGGCAUCUGCCUGGAUGUUUACACGGAUCCCAGGACCCUGUACUGCCUGCACUCCUUCUGUUUGCAGUGCCUGGUCAGCGAGAACUUCAAGGACGAGUCCCUGUGGGAUCAGGAUGCAGCCCGCAGCGAGGAUCCCUCCAGCUACAGCCUGAGAUCGGAGAUGGGUGGCUCGAGCGCGGAGCUCACGGCUACUGUUUCACCCGCCAGGCAGCGAGGAGCCAGUUUUAGCCUCAGAAGGAAGAAGUCCAUGGAUCGCCUGGUGAUCAGGUCCAAGAGUGAAGGCAAGCGUUCGACUAGUUCCUUUGGAACCCGCUUCACCGGAAGCUUUGUGAGCGAAGCACCGAUCCGAUGCAUCCGUUGUCAUAGCUGCAACUAUCCCACGGAUCUCCCCUUGGGUGGAGUGCGUCAGCUGCCCCAGAACUAUUUGCUAGUAAGACGCAUCGAGGCCCUGCGUCUACAGGCUGGGGAGGAUGUAAUCUCCAAAGUGUGGUGUUCCCUGUGCACCGAGGAGAUCAGUGCCACCUAUCACUGCAUCAGCUGCACCUUGAAUCUCUGUACCUUGUGCAAGGAGGCACACGAAAGGCAGCGAAGCACCUCCAAUCACCGGAUGAGAAGCAUCCUGGAACUGAGACGCGCCAGGAAGCAGAAGCAGCAGCAACUGGGAUUGGGAGACAGCAGCAAACUGGUGCUCCGAUGUGGAAUCCACACCAACUUCGAACUGAAGGCGUUCUGUACCCAAUGCCGACAGCUGGCCUGCACCGACUGUCUGGUGCUGCUCCACAAAGGACAUCGCCAUGAGACCAUAUCCCGGGCAAUAGGACACCAAGGAAAACUGCUUAAGGAAGCCACAGAUCAAACUCGUCCGCUUUGUCAGUAUGCAGAGCACUCCAUCGAGAGGUUGAAUGAGAUCGCCCGUGGAAUCAACAACAGAUGCGAUGACAUCCAGAGUCAAGUGGAGCGGUACAUGCAAAACUACAUUGAGGCAUUGGAAGUACACCGUAGAACACUGCUCCAACAGAUCAGCAGGGCCAGGGAGUCCAAGGUAGAGGUGGUACUCAAGCAGCAACUGGAUUUGGAGAAACGCACGCAGCAGGCCCUGGAUGCAGUACGAUUCAGCCAAGAGUUGUGCGAGAUUGGCGCCGAUGUGGAGAUUCUGAGUUAUGUGGCCAUUCUUCUCAGGCGCUUGGAGUACUGUCAACAGUUCAAGCCGCCAGUGGAUCCAAAAAUCUCCGACUCACUGCACUUUCUGCCGAAAAUUCGGGCUCCGUCGACGAAGGACCAGCGCGACAUCCCUCUAUAUGGCAUCAUCACCAUGCAGGUGGUGGAGCCGAGUCUGUGCACCUUGGAGUGGGAAGGGUUUUCCCAGCUGCGACUUCACAAGAAGGCCGACCUUCUGUUGCACUCCAGAGAUGCCGAUGGGGUUUCCCUCUGCCACGGAGGCCUGGAGAUCAACUGCAUGCUCAAGUACAAGGACUCGAGCUCCAAGUUCCUGCCCGUCGAGGUAUCGGACAAUCGGGAUGGCACCUACAACAUCUCCUUCACGCCGGAUGCCCAGGGCGCCCUGAUCCUGACGAUCACGAUCAACGAGCGUCCCAUCAAGGGAGGUCCUUUCACCUUCCAGGCGCGUCAGGUUCGUCCGCAUUCGGGCAUUUACCACUGCUGCUCCUUCUGUUCGGGAAAAGGCAACCGGAAUGUAAUGUGCUCGUGUGAGGGUCGCAUGCCAGGAUAUAGUGGCUGCGGUCAUGGUCAUGCAGGACAUCCGGGGAGACGUCAUUGGUCCUGCUGCGGCAAUGUCCUGGAGAACUCCGAAUGCCAUGUGGCCAAUAAACUUUUGAAUAACUAGGGAGAGAACUAAUCGUAAAAAAGGAUGCUAUCGUCGCUCGACUCUCCGACACUUCUUAUUCUGGAAACCUAAAUCAAAGUACAGAUGUGCGUGGGUGUCACAGAAAUCUAUUCUAACCAAAUUGGAAACAUAUGUUAAACUCUUAAAAACCCAAGUUGUUUAGAUCGGGAAACCCAGCUCAACGUAAUGGGUGACCUUGAAAAUGAUGAGAGUACCAUAAAGGACCUCUUCCUGACACAUGGCCAGCACAUGCGCAUCAGACCCUGACCUUGGAACAAAUAGGCAGGAAUAUUAGUUGUUGGAAUUACUUGUAUAGGCUCCAGCUGAACAUAGGUUUUUGUUUAUUCGUUGAAAGUGUUAAUCAUAAAUACAAACAUUGAUGCCGGACAGUAAUACAAA